AUGGACGUGAAUAAAAAUGACGAAAAAAACAUGAACUUGGACGGGCUGCAGGUGGAGGCUUCCUCCAAAGAGGAGGCGAUUCGGGUGUGCACCCGUAUAAGGCCCCUAUUCGAAAAGGAAAUCAACAGCGGCCACCUGAAAGCGUGGAAAAUGAACGAAACAGACAUGCAGCUGGUUGUCGAGCCGCUCUCUCUGACCGAGAUGAUCAACGCGAGGGUCCAGAAGAAGGGAAACAAAGUGGAAUUCAAGAAGAACGUGGAAAAGUCCGAGGGGCAAAAGGCUGUCUUGCAGCGGUACUACGCGUUCGACCGGUGCUUCGACGACAACGUUGGCAACGAAGAGGUGUACAAGCACCUAGCGAGAGACAUCGUUCUGGACACGUUCAAAGGGAUAAACGGGUGCAUCCUGGCCUAUGGGCAGACGGGGUCAGGGAAGACUCACAGUGUGAUGGGGGUGCCCACGGACCCAGGCAUGCUGCCAAGAUCGCUGGCUGAAUUCUUCAACGGGAUUGAAAACCCCUCCUCCCUAAAUGAAGAUAAUAGUGACAGCAUCAAUACGGAUGACGAAGCGAACAACAACACGAAAGAAUUUCUGAUGAGCGUAACAUACCUGGAAGUGUACAUGGAGAGAGUUAACGAUUUGUUGCAAGAGGGAUACCGAGGAGGGGCAACUGAAAAUCUGGAUGUGAAGGAGGACCCCAAGAGGGGCUUCGUUGUGAUAGGGGUACAAGAAGAAACAGUAACGUCCAUAGAUGAAGUGAUGCUUCUAGUUGCCAAGGCUGAACAGAGAAGACACAUUUCGCAGACCAAUUUUAACGAAACGUCUUCCAGAUCCCACACGAUUUUUACAGUCAUAUUGGAAUCAAAUCAAGUGCUAAGUGAUGGCACAUCCAUUAACAAAAGGGGGGAACUAAAGAUAGUAGAUUUGGCAGGAAAUGAAAGAGCAGGAAGAGCAGCCGAAGGAAUAGAAAAUGCAAAGACGCUGAUAGAAGAGGGGAAGGCCAUAAAUAAAAGUCUCUUCGUUUUAAGUGAAGUCAUUUCCAAGUUGUCCAAAAGAGCCCAAGCAAUAGCAGCAGGAGAUGAAAAAAAAAUAAAAAAAAUUCAGGAAGAUUUAGUUUUCAUCCCAUGGAGAGAUUCCAAGUUGACAAGAAUUUUGAGCAAAAGUUUGGGAGGGAACUGUCGUGCUUCUGUAAUUGUGGCUGUCCAUCCGUCUCAUUUUUAUUUGGACACGUCCUUCUCUACCCUCCGUUUCGCAUUAAAGUGUAAGACAAUCAAGAAAAAAAUCGAAGUGAAUUACCUCUCAGCGGAGCAGUCAGUGAUCAUGCAGCAGAAGGAGUUGAUAGCCAAGCUGCAGAAUCAGCUGAAGCAUCUGGCAACUACCAAAAAUGUAGACAGCCAUCUCACAGGGGGGGAAAAAAACAACGUAAGUGCUAGAAAUCCAGAAGAUGAUGAAAAAAUAUUAGCCUUAAAACACGAAUUGGAAGAAAAAGUGAAGAAGUUUCAAAAUUUUAUCUUAAAAUCGGAGCUACACGUGCACCCAAAUAACUACAGGACGUUGAGGUCUAUGGAUGGCAACACGGAAAAGUCGCUCAAAUACUCCAUGACCAUAAGCAACAACAUCAAAAAUGAAUACACGUGGCUGAGAUCAUUUGAUACCCAUGAAUAUGAAUCCAAGUGGGAUGGCAUAGAUAAGUAUGAAGACCAAAAUGAUCAGGAGCAUAUUAACAUCUCCAAAGCUAUGGACUACUUGAAGAAUAAACCUCCAUAUAAAUUAAACUCCUCCGAAAUGAGUGAAGACGCUAUGUCUAAUGAGUCUCAGAGGGACGAUUUGAUUUCCCUCAAUUAUUAUAAUGAGUUGGAGGAGCUGGAGCGGCUGGAGAAGAACGAGUUAAGUAGGCGGAAGAGGAGGGAGAGGAAGGAGAGGAAGGGGGAUGCCUAUGUCUCCACGAGCAACACUUCCGCCAAUAGGGUGUAUGGAGAGCUCAGCAAGUUAAGCUCCAUGGAGUACUCCAACUUGGUGGAUGAAGAGGAGAAGGGGGACGCUGCCAAGGGGAAAAAGGCCAAGCGGAAGAAGGGGAAAAGAGCGAACAAUGCGGAGGCGAAGGACACGGCGAAGGACACAGCGAAGGACACGGCGAAGGACACAGCGAAGGAUACAGCGAAGGAUACAGCGAAGGGUAAGGGGAACCACCUGAGGAAGAAGAAAACGGCCAAUGAGGGGAAGCUCAAAAGGGAGUCCUUUGCGAAAGGGGAUGGCGCGCCAAAGGGGGGCAGCCAGGAAAAUGGCCGUAGCGAGGGGAGCGACCUGGACGACCACCGCGAGGUGAAGCGGCAGACUAGUCCCGAUUCAAACCGACAGACCAGCCGCGAGGCGAAGCGGCAGACUAGUCCCGAUUCAAACCUCCAAACAAGCCGCGAUUCCAACCGGCAGACCAGCCUGGAGGACGACGACCUGCGCGAGCGGGAGGUCAAGUGGGAGGGCGGAGCCGACCUGGUGAGACGAGCCUCCUCCGUGAGCUUCGCCCAACCGAGGGAGCAAGACGACAACGAAAAAAGGACGUCCAUCAUCUCCAACUUGAAGGAAAAAAUUGAGGAAGACCUGAAAAAGAAAAAAAAAAUCAUCAGCAGAAACGUCGAGCUGAACAAGCAAAUCAAAUUUAUUAUGAAGCUCAUGCAGAAGGUCGGCCUCUCGACCAUCCUCACAGGCACCGUGCCUCCAGGGAGGAACAUAGAAAAUGUGCUGCAGCUGCAGGAGAAUUUGAGAGAGGAGUUGAAGCUAUGCGAUACGAAGAAGUCGAUGGAGUUGAUUAGUGGGGAGAAGGCCAAUCAUCCAACUACAGGUUCCCCGUCAGCCUCCAUUUGUGCCAAUGGCGAUAAGGACGAUUCGGUUGCAAAGCGUUGUCAUCUAAGCGACCGCGCCGUAGACAUGGUGGAGGGGGAGGAAGAGCUGCUAACCGGCGCAUUCGACGACGACGAACAUGAAGCGGAAUACAAUGAGUCCAUAUCACACGUUUUCAUAAACGAAAUGUUUUUCUCGUUCGUCUUGCGGAUUCAACAGAGGAAUGACCCCAAUGGGGAAGAGCUAAAAAAUGUAGAAGAGGUUCUAAAGAGUGAAGAAAAACCAUAUGAUGUGUCGAAGAAGGCACUGGAAGACAUACUCGGAAGCACCAUCGCAAAUAAAGCGGAUGAGCAUGAGGAGGGGAACACAACAAAGAAUGUAAAAGAUGAAAGGAGCAGCAAAACAAUCGACUCCAUUCUGACGAUGCUUACGCCAUGGGAGCAGAAAAUAUUGGCCCUACUCUACGAACAACAGAAAAUGAGACAAACUGUUCAGAAAAUUAAGGAGAAAUUUUCACAACGAAUUCAACAUAUUAACAUUUUCAUUAAAAAGAUAUUAACCGAUAAGGUCGAAGUGGAGAAACAUUUCAAUCGAAUUAUUAAAGCGACAGAAAGUUACAAAAAUGAUCUGCUGAAGACGGCGGAUGUAGACUCCAACUUCAAAUUUGCAGGGAUGAUGAAGAAGCUCGAAGAGCUGUCCAUAUCGCUGGCAGAAAAAACCAGGGACUUCAACGUCUUGGCUGAGUUUCACCUAAACUUGAGGAAACAAAUGGAGAAGAAGGAUUCGCUGAUUAAGGAGCUCCGGGAAGAGAACAAGCUGUUUUAUCUCGUCCCCAAGUAUAACGAGCUGCUACAGGAGCUAAGUGCGCAGGAUGAAGAGACGAGUCAGGCGGGUAAGGAGCUGAAGAGGGAGUUCCUACUCAUGUAUGGACGACUGAUGCUCUCCAGAAAGAGACUACAAGAAAAGGAGGUAAUCGAAAAUGACAUGCGAAAUUUGAAUAAAAAAAUCUACACCGAGUUGGUAGAGUCCAUAGCCAUCAUCAAAAAUCUCGAGUCUCAAAACAGGUUCUUAGAAUUUAAGUUAAACAUGGAGAAUAAGAAAAAGGGGGAGAAGGUGAAGAAGCUGAUGGGGGAGAAGGAGAUGCUCAAUAAGAUUGUAGGCGAGAUGGAGAAAAUGCUCGAGGAGGCCAACAUCGACGCGAGCGAGGUGAAGAACCAAAUUGUGGCUAGCUACAACAAUGGGAACGUUUCCAUGCUUGAUCUGCCGAGUGAGGACGAGGGGGAGCAGCGCGAGAGGAGAAAGGAAUCGGGGGGGAAAAGGAAGAAGCGGAAGGAGAAGGAGAAGGGAGCGGCAACGGGAAAGGGAAAGGAAAAGAAGAAGGGAGCGGGGAAGGAGAAGAAAAAAGGAACGGAGCAGGGCGGCAAAAAGGGCGGCAGAGUUGACGCCAACGAUGAGGUACCGUAUGACACCCAAAACGACGCCGAACGGGACUCGCGGAAAAAAAACGCGCUUCAGGAAAGCGCACCCCGGGAAAUUGCUGCCAAGGGCAAAGCCCCCGCGAAGAGGCAACAAAAAAAGGAGGCGACUGUCAACCGCGCCUAUUCCGCAGAAAAAAUCAUCAAAAAAUCUGUGAGCAGGAUAGACACCAAUUUGUCCCUCAAGAGGGCGGGUGCGAAAAAGGGGACCUCCCGGGAUAGAGGCGGUUUAGGCGGCGUAAGCGGCGCAAGCCGUUUGCGUGAAAGUGGGAGAGACGGUCCACUGGAAAAAAACGCCAAACUCGAAAUUAACAAAAAAGGCGUGAACAAGGUUAAAAAAAAAGCGGGCAACGACUUGGGCGAUGCAGGCACGUCUGAGAAGCUUAAGUUAAAAAAUAGUCUUGCCAAAAAAACGGGGAAAAAAAAGACACAAUAUAGCGAUUCAGAAGAAGUGAAACCUUUGGGCGCCUUAAACCCAAGCAACAGCGUCGUAAAGAAGAAGCAUAAAAAAAAAACCGUUAAGGGGAAGAAAAGAAACCUGUUAAAAUACUUAAACCAAGGGGGCAGCAGCAGGGACAGGGAAAACCUCGAAACGGUGCUCUCCGAUGAAAAUGAAUUUCAGGACUACAAAAAUGGUAGCUCCACGACGGACUGCGAAGCGAACGAAAUGCGCAACAUACUGAACCAGGAAAUUGAGAAGAAAAAGAAAAUAAGCAAGUGA